AUGGCCCCCAAGGUUCUUGUCGUUCUCACCUCUACCAACAAGACUGAGAAGUCUGGUAAGACCAUCGGCUGGUACCUGCCCGAGCUUGCCCACCCUUAUGAUGUGCUCAAAGAGGCCGGUGUUGAGAUGACCUUCGCCUCUCCCAAGGGCGGUGUCGCCCCCCUUGACCCGGCUUCUGUUGAGAUGUUCUCCAGCGACCCUUCAUCCAAGAACUUCCUCGAGAAGCACAAGGAAGUCUGGGAGAACACCGAGCCGCUGUCCAAAUUCGUCGGUCGCGCCUCCGAGUUCGACGCCAUCUUCUACCCCGGCGGCCACGGCCCCAUGUACGACCUCGCCUUUGACGCCGAUUCGCACAAGCUCAUCGCUGAGUUCGCCGCUCAGAACAAGCCCGUCGCCUCCGUCUGCCACGGCCCCGCCUCCAUCGUUAACGCCAAGACAAAUGACGGCGAGUACCUCGUCAAGGGCAAGAGAGUCACUGGCUUCUCCAACACUGAGGAGGACCAGGCUGGCUACACCGCCGAGAUGAACUUCUUACUCGAGAACCGCCUCAAGGAGAACGGCGGCAAGUACGAGAGUGCUGAUGCCCCUUGGGGUGAAAAGGUUGUUGUUGAUGGCAUCGUCAUCACUGGCCAGAACCCUGCUUCGGCCCUCGGGGUUGGUAAAGCUAUUGUCAAAGCUCUUGGCUUGUGA